CGCCCGCCAGCCCGCCUCCCCCACUACCCCGCGUGCCCGGAGCCGGGGGUAGCCAGGAGCCCCUCGCCACCUCCCCGGGGAGCGGGGGUCGCGGGCGCCUCCCCCGGGUGGGCGGAGAGGCUGCCGGCGCUGCUCCACGGCGGCGGCGCCCGGAGGCCGCACUAGCGGCGGCCGCGGCGGCGCUGCUCCCCCUGCUUGGUGCAGCUGCCGCCCGGCGCUUGCGCACUGGGCCCUGGGCGCGCGGCGGCACCAGGCUUUGUGUGUGUGUGUAUGUGUGCGAGUGUGUGUGUGUCCGUGUGUGAGUGAGUGAGCGGGCGGGCGGGCGCGAGUGUGGCCGCCGCGGAGCGCGAGCAGGACCCGGCGGGCGCGCUCCCCCAGCCUCUCUCUCCCCGCCAGAACCAUGUCGGGCAGGUCGGUUCGAGCCGAGACCAGGAGCCGGGCCAAAGAUGAUAUCAAGAGGGUCAUGGCGGCUAUCGAGAAAGUGCGCAAAUGGGAGAAGAAGUGGGUGACUGUGGGUGACACAUCCCUGCGGAUCUACAAGUGGGUCCCCGUGACGGAGCCAAAGGUUGACGAUAAAAACAAGAACAAGAAGAAGGGCAAAGAUGAGAAGUGUGGCUCAGAGGUGACCACGCCAGAGAACAGCUCCUCCCCGGGAAUGAUGGACAUGCAUGAUGAUAACAGCAACCAGAGCUCCAUCGCAGAUGCCUCCCCCAUCAAACAGGAGAACAGCAGCAACUCCAGCCCUGCUCCCGAGCCCAACUCAGCCGUGCCUGGCGAUGGCACUGACACCAAGGUGGACGAGGCCCAGGCCGAUGGGAAGGAGCUCCCCGGGGCCGAAGAUGCUUCCGACGAGCAGAAUUCACAGUCUUCAAUGGAAAACUCGAUGAACAGUUCAGAGCAAGUCGAACGGCAGCCGUCUGGAGAUGCGGGCCUGGCUGCAGAGACAUCCACAAUCUCUCAGGAUCUGGAAGGAGUGCCACCCUCCAAAAAGAUGAAACUGGAGGCUUCGCAACAGAACUCCGAGGAGAUGUAGACUCCGAGUUCAGUCCUCUGAUCCACGUCUCACGGGAGAUCCAUCAGCAGGCUUAGUUGUUGAACAACCUUACCCGAGCAGAUCCCUGUCGGGUGCAAAGGGAACUACUAACUUAACAAGUUUACCAAGUGCAAAUCCAAGAAAACCUAGGACGGCGUAACUUCUCAGACACUGAAGAACUUUCUGCUGUGAAGCAAAACACUCGAAUCUUGAAGUGACUAUCCUGGGGAAGGCGGGGUCGACAGCUCAGGAGCGUCUGGACACUGUCUCUGAAGCCAAGAUUACAUUUGUGUUGCUGCUGUAUUUUUUUUUUUUUUCCUCCCCACUCCUCUAUUUAAUGAUAUAAGCUAUUUGAGGGUGGUACUGAUCAGGAAUUCGCUUUUUCAUCGGGGCUUUUCACUGUUCAACCGAUAUUCCUUCCGCUUUCUUUUUUUGUGCCUUGUGCCCUUGAGGUGACCUCUGGCAUGUUUUCCUGGUUGUUUUGCAUCUCCCCUUACAAGUGCCCUCUUGGUUCAGUUCAGGCAGCCAUUGCUCCGGUCCUCGAGUCUUUCUCCUCCCUGCCUCAGGACUUCAGCUGGCAUGGACCAGGCAGGGAGAAGGAGAGCUUGAGGCCACAGAAGAGCAGGACCUCCCCGGCCAUCUGGUUUCUAGGUGCAGCUGGGAGGCUGCAGGAUACACCCUGAGCCCUGGUUGGGGACAGUGCUAGCCUCCAGGGUCCGAGGAGUCUCAGAUGUCUGGGCAUUGUCCCCAGGGCUUACUUGAGGCAUCUGAACUGGUGUUUCCAAGCCCACAGCUGCCCAGAGGGACAUACAGAGCCCUUGGAUUGUUCUGGCACUUCCUGCCUCAGCCCCUCUCCCCCAUAUGGCAACCUCCCACACCUCCGAAGAUGGACUGGCUUCUGCGGCUGAUGGCAGGACGGUCUCCUUAAGAUGAUAAAGGGCCAGAGGAGGCUGGGAGCAGACGGCAGGAAUAGCUGGUGCUGAACUUUCUCUCACAGGACGUUGCUUGGAUUUCAAAUCCACAGUCACCUGCUGCCCUAGUCUACCUCCCCAGCUCCACCUGGCCCCAUCCGCGGGGGAGGUGAGGUUGCAGUCGGCUGAAAUCCAGAGUCCACUGGCUUCUUUCUGCACACUGUUCCGACUCCUGGAGCCAACAGUUGGAUCGCGUCUCUUUCCCAGGAUGCUCCGAGGGUCCCCACGGGGGAGCAGGCCUUAAGGGUUGGAACUUGAAGGCCAGAAAUGAGGCCCCUGAGAAACUGGAGAGCUUUGCGCUCCUCCAGAAAGGGGGCCCUGGGGUCCCUCCCCCGCCUCCAUCCCCUGCCUGCACUGGGACAGCUUCCUGUCACUAAAACGGAGAAGCACCUAUUCUCCCCACGCCCCCCACCGUGGAUGAACUGCCUCACUGUUUGGUUCUGAGGCCUGGUUUGCUCUUAAUUCCUGUACGGACUCCUCAGACCCUUACCCUUCUCCUGAGCUUUCUUUACUGCACUGGAGUUCCAACUCCCUUUGAGUUGUGUGAGGGGGGAGGGGGGGCUCCGGGUUUUGUUGGUUGGUUGUUUUUUUUUUUCUGUUUGUUUGUUUGUUUUUGUUUCUGUUCUGCCAAUUGGUGCAUAUAUUCAAGUCCCACCUUUCACGUGUGGAUCUCUCUCCUGACCACCAUGGGGAGUGUCUGCCAGACUCCAUUUUCUAAGCGUUUCUGAGGGUGAGGCUCUUUGUUUUUGAAGGGAGCCGAUCUAUUUCCUGCACUUCAAGAAGAAUCAAAAUGUUCCUGAAUUUCAAAUACCUCAUGCAAACAUGUCUCCUGAAGCAAGGGAAGGGAAAAACACACACACACACACACAAACUUUGCAAAUGGUCAUCUUGAAGUUAGGAUGCCGGAAGGUUUCUGUCUUAAAAAAUCCUUAUCAAUUUUGCCCCUCAGGCAGUCAGUUCUGGGAGAACUGUGUUCUGAGUUACCUCUCAGUGUAUCUCAAGGCGGCUUUACCUCCAGAUCCUAUAGAAUCAGAAUUAACGUCCUUUCUUUGCAGCAAAACUCCAUUUGGAUGAAAGAUGAAUCUGGAUAUCUAUUUCCUCCUCUUUAUUUUUUUUGGGAAACGAGAGGUGACAAGCAAGACAGCCGAAGACGAAUCACAACACAGGCAUCCGUGGAAACAGCAGGGUCCCCUCGACAGGCAAGGGGAGCGGACACAGUUGAGGGUGAACACAAGACGACGCCCAGGAUACAAGGCUGUCAUUAGUUUUUCUCUGAAGUGCCUGAAGGUAGGAAAUGGGCCGGGGGUCCGGACCGACUGGGCCCCGCCACGGCCACGCCAGGCAGAGCGGCCAGCGGCCCUGCGCCCCCAUCCACGCUGGCCAGGAAGGCCUUCCACGUGGGAUGGCGAGACUGCAAAAACCCACAUGUGCUUCCUCCCCCGACAUGUCCCACUCGGGGCCGCCGCCCUGCCCCCCACGCCAUCCUGCGCCCCUCGCCCCCCUCCCACCACGGAAUCUGAGACCUUUCAGCCGGCCGAGCCAGAGGCGGGGGUCCUAAGCGAAUGCCUUCCGCCAACACCAGGCCCUGCAGCCUAAAGGGCUCCCAGGGCGAACUUAACUCCCCGCAAAACUUGAAGUUGGGGAUGCUGCGGUUACACAUUCCACAAAGUGCUGGCACUUACACCCAUAACCCGAAGGCGGAAGACUGACUCACAGGUGGUGACCUCCCAUUACCAACGAUGUCAUGGUUUGGAAUGUUCCAUUAUCAGCCAAGGACCUGGUUAGAGAUAUAAAGACCUUUUUAUUCACCGUUACCUAAUUGUUUUUUUUCUUACGAUUUUUUUUUUUUUGGUGUGUUGUACAGCAGUAUAAUUUUUCACUUAUUUAUUCCAUCAGUAGAUAUGGUUUGUACAAUGUACAAUGGUUCCAUUUCAGAAAAUAAAAGAAAAAUUCAAAUCAUGAACA